ACGAAGUUAAAGGAGCUUAAAACAUCGUCCGUGGAACUUCAAUCCUUAUUGAAGGAACGGGAAGGCGAGUUGGCACGUGUAACCAAUGAGCUCCUUGCUAGCAAAGAGGAGCUGCUUCUUGCCAAUGAAAAAGUCAAAUCCAUACUUUCCGAGCGGUCGUUACAAAAUGGUCAAUUGGAAGCACAACGAUCCGAAUCCCAACGUUUGGAGUCGAAGAUUACUGAAUUGACCAAUCAUCUUGGCGCUCUUAAGGCUGAGGUUUCCGCAAUGGAAAGACAGAAGGAACGCAGGACUGAAGAGCUGGAGGAACUUUCACGAAAGGUCAACGACAAACAACGGGCUUUGGGAGACAAAAGACCUUCACACGCAUUCACCGGUUUCACAACUGAAGUCUCCUUCGGUGGUGACGGAAAUCCUCGAUCAGAUAGCAUCAAUUCCAUGUCUCCUCAAUAUGAUACGGAGCACCACAAGCUUGUUGAAGCUCGUAAUCGAAUGGAGUCCCUCUCUCGAGAAAUCGGAGUCCGUACAGCUGAAAUUGAAUUACUUCGUUCCAAGAAGACUCAGGAAAUGCGUUUAGCUGAGACCCAAUUGGAAAACAUUAAUCGAGAACUCCAACUUAAAGUAGACGAGCUUAGCACUGCCAAGGAGGAGUUGAAUUCAAUUCGUCGGGAACGAGAUCGUCUGAAUUCGGAAAUUAACUCUACUAGGUCCUCUCUUCACUUGACGACAGACGGUAUUCCAACAAUCAGUAGGGACAUCACUGACUUAACGCAGCAGUUGAAUAAUCUUCGAAAUGAUGUUAGUCAGCACAAAGAUGAAAUAGCCAAGCUCGAAGCUAAACGAAAAGCCAGGAAAGAGGAGGUCGAUCAAUUGGAGAAAUCCUUAUUGGAUGCCAAGGAGGAGUUGACCUUGACACAAACUCGUCGCCAAAAUGCUGAAACCCAAUUGGCUCUUGCAAGACAAAAAGGGGAACUACUCAAGGGUCAACUUGAAGUGUUUGAGGCCAGCGUUGAGGUCAAACAAAAACUGAUCUCCGAUCUCUGUUCAUCUUCUGAGUCUAGGAUUGGUGCCAUGGAAAGGGAAAUCGAUCGACUGGUCAAUUCUACUCAAAAGAUUGCUUCUGAAAAGGCUGCCGCUAAGAAUGAGCUCACUAAACUGCAAGAUCAGGUUCACGCUCGAAAGAAUGAGCUAGAGGAUAUCGAGUUGAAAAUUUCUUCCACCAGGCUUAGGACUUCAAACUCCAAUCCAAAGUUGGCCAAAGCUAGUGAUCAGCUUCGAGCCAUGAAUGAGAAAAUCGCUUCUCAGAAAGCCGAAUAUGAGAGGUUAACUCGUGAAGUAUCCGAGAGACAAGCGCAAUUUGAAAAAUUAAAGAGUCUUUCUGCUGCAUCAGAUGAAACGACAUCUCGUGUGGAAGAGUUAGAAAACCUUCUUAGAAUAAGAGAUCACAAGAUUGAAACCCUAACAGAAAAUAACACGAAGUUAAUGGAAGAUCAUAGUCAGAUUGUAUCUGAUUUAACCUCAACACGAAGUCAGCUGGAGGCGUCUCAACGAGCUUGCAAAAAGUUGAAACGUCGGACGGCCAAAGAGCUGGCCGAUCUCGAGCGUGUUGCUGAAGAGCAGUGCUGUCGCGCAAGUGCCUUUUCUGAAGAAUUGGCCCUUCUACGAAGAAAUUAUGCCUAUCUACAAGCUAGGAUUGCAGCCAAUGAGGAGAUUUCCGACCGCGAACGAAAGCUUCAGGAGGCUCUAUUUGCUAUUAAAACUGAAAUAGCGUCCUCAAAUCCUUCAAGCAAUGGAAUCAACGCAGCAUUGCGUCGUUUCAGUGAAAUUGAAUCCCUGGUUCGAAAGAGCAUCCACUCUCCCCUCAAUGCAAUCAACCACAAUCCGCUUAAAUCAUUCUCUUCUGUUCCGCAACUAUCGAUUCCCCACUGUGGUAGCGGGGAAUCUGUAAGAGAGGAUCAACAAAUAAUAAGCCCCAAUCCUCCUAUCGUUUCUUCGAAAAAUCUUCAAACCCAAUCUUCAUCAGGAAUCGGUUCCUCCAUAACCCCACAUUCCUCAUCUGAGGAUCGAUUAAUGUUCCUACAGGAACAAACUCGAAGACAAUUGUUUAAUGCUCAAGAAAAUCUGGAAAUUCAUCAAUUGAGGAAUCCGUUUGAACCGGCCGCAACUAGUGUCACCACGGUAACAACAGAUACGUGCCCAUAG